AUAUGUAGAUUGUGUAGAAGAAGAAGAGGAAGAAGAUCUGAUUGAAAUUGAAAAAACCAACCAACCAACCAUCCUCAAAUCAAAUCUAGACAAGCAGAUGGUGUUUCUUCAAUUCGAUGCCUGAAUAAAUGAUCUACAUAUAUACUACUGGAGGAAAUCACACACAUAUAUACAUAUAAUAAUAAUUGAUUGAAUAAAUAAAAGAAAAAGGAAGAAGAAGAAGGAUGGAUCAGUUCGAUGUGUAUUUCAGAAGAGCAGAUUUAGAUCACGACGGCCGAAUCAGCGGAACCGAAGCCGUCUCCUUUUUCCAGGCUUCCAAUCUCCCCAAACCUGUUCUUGCUCAGAUAUGGCAGCAUGCUGAUCAGAACCGCACUGGUUUCCUCGGCCGUCAAGAGUUCUAUAAUGCCCUUAAGCUUGUUACAGUGGCACAGAGCAAACGAGACCUAACACCAGAUAUAGUAAAGGCAGCAUUGUAUGGGCCUGCUUCUGCUAAAAUCCCUGCUCCACAGAUAAAUCUUGCAGCACUUCCGCCAGCUCAACCCAAUUCAACGGCUCCACGUCCUUCAACACAGCAGCCUGGGGUUGUCAGUUCGAUGGCUCAACGGCCUCCUACACAACAGACCGGGGUUGUCAAUUCAAUGGCCCCACGCCCCCCUUCACAACAGCCUGGGCUUGUCAAUUCAAUGCAGCCUCAACAUUUUGGCAUAAGAUCACAAGGACCUCCAAAUACAAUGGCUCCUCCAUCGGUGGCUCCACCUUCUUCUGUGCAGUAUUUUGCAUCUGAAGGAAAUCAAUCAACGAGGCCACCACCUGCAGGCGGUCCUCUUCCACCACAGGGUGUUGGCCGUCCUAACUUCCCAUCAAGUGGUGGUCUGGCAGGUUCUGGAGUAUCCUCAUCUUUUGCAACUCCUAGAGCAUCGGUUGGAGGAAAUGGUGUUGUUUCUGACCAUAUGUUUGGAGGUGACGUAUUUUCUGCUUCCCCAACUUUAUCCAAACCAUCCUCAUCACCAAUGCCAACUAAUCCUGCAAGCAAUCCACCUGCUUCUGCUGCCAUUGCUCCUCCAACUUCUGAGCACCAGGCUCCAGUUAAGAUCGACCCACUUGGUGCAUUGAAUGCAUUUACAAGGCAGCCCACUGGGGGUCUGGUACAGUCAGCAGGACCCUCUGCUCCAAGACCCAGUCAACAGGGCCCACCUCAAAAUAAUACAUUUGGAUCAUCUGGAUUUUCAGUUGAGCCUAAAUCACAAGCUCCCAAUCUGUCACAACCUCAGUGGCCGAAAAUGACACGGGCUGGUGUUAACAAGUAUAUGAAAGUUUUUAUGGAGGUUGACUCUGAUAGAGAUGGGAAGAUAACUGGUGAACAGGCACGCAGUUUAUUUCUGAGUUGGAGACUACCAAGAGAAAUUUUGAAACAGGUUUGGGAUUUGUCUGACCAAGAUAAUGAUAGUAUGCUUUCCUUGAGGGAGUUCUGCAUUGCUCUUUAUCUGAUGGAGCGGUACAGAGAAGGCCAGAAUCUUCCACCAACGCUUCCUAGUAAUGUCUUACUUGAUGAAACUCUGUUGUCUCUUACGGGCCCACCGAAUCCAUCUUAUAGAACUGCUGGUUGGGGAGCUACUCCUGGCCCUGUACCCCAACAGCAAGGGAUGGCUGGUGUUCAACUGAUGCCGCAUGGUGGUUUGAGGCCACCCAUGCCUGGUCCCCAACCAAUGCACUAUACUCAGCAGAAAGGACCUGUACCCUCCAUGGAGACUUCUAAUGCAAAUCACCUCAGUAAUGGUGAUCAAACUACUUCUCAUUCAGUUUCUCGAGAGACAGCUGAAACAGAAAAUACGGUUGAAGAUAAGAAAGUGAUUCUGGAUUCUAGAGAAAAGAUGACGUUCUUCAGGAAUAAAAUGCAAGAUCUUGUGUUAUACAAAAGCAGAUGCGAUAACCGCCUUAAUGAGAUUACAGAACGUGCUAUAGCCGAUAAACGCGAGGCAGAGUUCCUUGCCAAGAAAUAUGAAGAGAAGUACAAGCAGGUGGCCGAAGUAGCCUCUAAGUUAACUAUUGAGGAGGCAUCUUUUCGUGAUAUUCAGGAGAGGAAAAUGGAGUUGAAUCAGGCCCUCGUAAAAAUGGAACAGGGUGGCAGUGCUGAUGGCAUCCUUCAAGUUCGCGCUGAUCGUAUACAAUCAGAUCUUGAGGAACUACUGAAGGCCUUAACGGAACGUUGCAAGAAGCAUGGAAUCAAUGUCAAGUCAACUGCAGUUAUUGAGCUUCCACAAGGUUGGCAGCCUGGAGUUCCAGAAAUAUCUGCAGUGUGGGACGAGGAUUGGGAUAAAUUCGAAGAUGAAGGACCUCAAUAUGAUGUUGGGGUGUCUGCAAAUGGCAAAUCCACAUCUCAGGCUGAAAAUUCGUCUCCGAUGGAUGGCAUUUCUCAUGGUUCAUAUUCAAAUGCUGACGGGAACUCUGAGAAGCCUUUUGAGAGUGAAUCAGCAUAUGCAUUUAGCGAAGAUGAAUCGGCAAAAAGUCCAGCAGAUAGUCCGACAACACAAAAAGUAUUUGAAAGUCCAACCAAGGAGGAUUCAUUUAGCCAUUUUGGGAAUAGCUUUGAUGCAGAUACAGAAAGGAACUUUGACGACCAAGGAUGGGGUACUUUUGACAACAAUGAUGAUGUAGAUUCAGUGUGGGGCUUCAAUAGCGAGACCACUAAGGAUGCUGAUCAUGAGAAGCAUGGAGAGAGUUAUUUAUUUGACUCCAAUAGCUUUACCGCCAGUCCAAGGAGAAGUGAUUCCCCCCAGGCCAAUAGUUUUUUUCAAAAGAAAACUCCAUUUGGGUUUGAUGAUUCAGUCCCUGGCUCACCAGCUUCUAGAGCUGCCACCUCACCACGAUACAGUGUGGGAGGAGCAGAGAAUUCUUUCUUUGAUAAUCUUUCGAGGUACGACUCUUUUAGUGCCACUGACCGUGGUUCUCCCAAACAAGAAGCUUUCUCGAGAUUUGAUUCUAUGAGCAGCACGACACAGGACAAUAGCUUCUCAAGGUUUGACUCAAUGAGUAGCACCACACAAGACCGUAAUUUUGCAAGGUUUGAUUCUAUGAGUAGCAAUGUGGGAUUUGAUCAUGGUCAAGCCUACUCGUUUGAUGACUCAGACCCAUUCGGUUCAAGUGGACCAUUUAAGGUGUCAUCUGAGAGCCAAACAGGGAAAAAUGAAUCUGAUAAAUGGGGAUUCUAGUUGGUGUUUGGUGAUAUGUUGUUAUAUAGGGGAUUUUGUAUUUUUAUCCAUGGAGGGUGAUUUGGGGGAGUGCAGCUAUUCCUUGUGAAUUUUGUUUAUCCUAUCGGUUUGAUAGCUGUGUUUGUAUAAUUUGCUUCAACUUUGAUUCCAUUUCGUGAAAAGUUUACUGUGUCUCUUUGAUA